CUCCCCUCAGUUUGGCCCCAAUGCAAAUAGCACCUGGGCACCUGCGCUCCAACUCAUCAGCCCGCGCCGGAUGGGAAGGGGCGGGACUACUACAACGGAGUGACGGUGUUCCCGCUCAAUGGGCUACAGGAGGCUUUGGUAGGACGCCUCGAGACGUGACUGAUAGGCACCAACCAGAAGGGAGGGAAGGCGGGAUGAGAGCUGGAGGGCAGAGACGUUUGCCAGCAGUGUCACAAUCUACGCCGCCUAGGCUGGAACCCAGCUGCCACCUGCGUCGUUCCGGGGCCAGCGAGGAGAGGGGGCUUCGCGAGGAUGAGCGCGGAAGGGGGACAGGCUGGCUCAAGCUUCGGGAGGAGAGCGGGGCAAGGGUACUGAAGCUGAGGCACGCUCCCUCUGGACCCACUGUACUGAAUGGCGAGAGCGCGGAGCACCGAGAGCUGGGUCUCCUAGCGGCGGGGGAGCUGCCUGUGCCGAGGCUGCUGAAAAGGAGAAUGGGCCGCGCCAGGGCAGCGUGGGGCCGCUGAGAACUGCGGCGGCUCCGUUGCGUUAGGGCCUCGGGACGGCCCCAGCCCCCACCUCCCGCCGGGCCAGGGAUGAGUUAGCCCGAGGGAUUGCGGGGGGCUUGGUUGCUGCUACGGGCGGGGGACUACGGCGAUCUAGCGCGCCUGCCGAAGCCAAGACUCCGCGUGACCGGACGCCGCUAGCUAUCCCGCUCCCUCCUCCCCGACCCGCGGCCCCGGAGACCAUGAGGUUCCGCAUCUACAAGCGGAAGGUGCUGAUUCUGACGCUGGUGGUGGCCGCCUGCGGAUUCGUCUUCUGGAACAGCAACGGACGCCAGCGGAAGAAUGAGGCCUUCGCCGGCUCGGCGCCCGCCCCAGCGCGGGCUGCAGGCCCCGGCGACCUCCGCAGGUUUCCCAACGGCACGGCCGCCCCGCCGCCCGAGGUGGACAACAUGACGCUGGUGUACCGGUCGCUGGUGUACCAGGUGAACUUUGACCAGACGCUAAGAAACGCGGCGGCUGGGGGAGCGGGAGCCGGCGGUGGGGGAGGAGGCGGCGGAGGCGCCGCCGGGGGCCCGGCGCAGCUGGAGCCGGAGCUGGUGCUGGUGGUCCAGGUGCACAACCGGCCCGACUACCUCAAGCUGCUGCUGGACUCGCUUCGUAGGGUCCAAGGCAUCAGUAACCUCUUAGUCAUCUUUAGCCACGAUUUUUGGUCGGCCGAGAUCAAUCAGCUGAUUGCCGAGGUAGAUUUCUGCCCAGUGCUGCAGGUCUUUUUCCCUUUCAGCAUCCAGCUGUACCCCCACGAGUUCCCCGGAAACGAUCCCAAAGAUUGUCCCCGAGACCUGCAGAAGAAAGCAGCUUUGAAAAUGGGCUGCAUUAACGCGGAAUAUCCGGACUCGUUCGGCCAUUACCGAGAGGCCAAGUUUUCCCAAACCAAACACCACUGGUGGUGGAAGCUGCAUUUUGUUUGGGAGAGGGUCAAGAUUCUACGGGACUAUGCUGGUCUAAUGGUUUUUCUGGAGGAGGAUCAUUACCUAGCCCCAGACUUCUUUCACGUGCUCAAAAAAAUGUGGAAAUUGAAACCGCAGGAGUGCCCCGAGUGUGAUGUGCUUUCCCUGGGGUCUUAUUCUGUCAGUCGAAGUUUCUUUGGCAAAGCAGACAAGGUAGAAGUGAAAACUUGGAAAUCCACAGAGCACAAUAUGGGCCUAGUGUUGACUCGAGAUACAUAUCAUAAACUGAUUGAGUGUACAGAAGUUUUCUGUACUUAUGAUGAUUAUAACUGGGACUGGACUCUUCAGUAUUUGACUACAACUUGUUUUAAAAAUUUCUGGAAAGUCAUGGUUCCUGAAGUUCCUAGGAUUUAUCAUGCUGGAGACUGUGGUAUGCACCACAAGGAACCCUGUAGACCAUCCACCCAGAGUGCCCAAAUCGAAUUACUCUUAAACAAAAACAAACAGUAUCUGUUUCCUAAGACUCUAAGUAUCAUUAAAAAGUACGCUAUGGCUCCUCUCCUUCCACAUGGGAAAAAUGGAGGGUGGGGAGAUAUUAGGGACCAUGAACUCUGUAAAAGUUAUAGAAGGUUGCAGUGAAAACUACACAAAAAUGGCAGUUUUUAAAUUUGGAUCGUAUUGGUCUAAAGGACACCAAACUGUAUAAAAUGAUUUAGGAACUGGUUUCUGCUUUAAUACAAAUAAACAUUCUUGUCAAAACUAUUAAAAAAAA